AGAAAGGGAUUGUCAACCGAGCUAGGAUGUGUUAGCCGACAACGGCAGCUAAAUAACGUCAGUAAAUGGACCCAUUGGUUCAGGAUAUACUUGUUAAAAUGUAGCUGCUUCUGUCGGCACUUGUCUUGAUACACUGACGCCAGUUCUGUGUUAAUGUUUGUGUUGCUAACCUUUAGCUUGCUGGCUAAAGCAACACUGUUUGGCUAACGCUAGCAGCUCUAUCCAGCUAGGCUCUGCUCAGAGUGAGAGAGAUUAUGGAGGACCCUACACGGUACAGCAAACGCCUGCGUACAGGGACGCGGCGCCGCUACCAGGACGAUGGAAUAUCAGAUGAUGAAAUCGAAGGGAAAAGGACUUUCGACCUGGACAAGAAGUUGCAGAGCGUUAGAUUUAACUCUGAAUUGAUCAAACACAUGGAGGGUAAAGAUUUCACAUUUGAGUACAUCCAGAGGGAAGGGCUCAGGGACCCCAUUAUCUUUGAGACAUCUGAUGGCCUUGGGAUACAAAUGCCAGACUCUGAUUUCAGUGUGAGUGAUGUAAAGUUGUUUGUUGGUAGUCGACGCAUCGUAGAUGUGAUGGAUGUGAACACCCAGAAGGGAAUCGAGAUGUCGAUGGCUCAGUGGCGACGCUAUUAUGAGACGCCGCCAUCAGAAAGGGAAAAACUCUACAACGUCAUCAGCCUCGAGUUCAGCCACACAAGGCUGGCGAAUCUGGUCAAACGGCCGGCUUCGGUGGACCUCAUUGACUGGGUGGACAACAUGUGGCCUCGUCAUCUCAAAGAGAGACAGAGAGACUCCACUAAUGCCAUCAUAGACAUGCACUAUCCCAAAGUACAAAAGUACUGUCUCAUGAGCGUGCAGGGCUGCUUCACAGAUUUCCACAUUGACUUUGGAGGCACUUCAGUCUGGUACCACAUCCUACGAGGAGGAAAGGUGUUCUGGCUGAUUCCACCCACACCACAGAACCUGGAGUUGUAUGAGAACUGGGUUUUAUCGGGUAAACAGGGAGACAUCUUCUUGGGGGACAAGUGUCAUGACUGUCAGAGGAUAGAGCUCAAGCAAGGCAACACCUUCAUAAUCCCAUCAGGGUGGAUCCAUGCCGUGUACACGCCAGAGGACACUUUGGUGUUUGGGGGGAAUUUCCUUCACAGCUUUAACAUCCCCAUGCAGCUCAACAUCUACAGCAUUGAGGAUCGCACACGGGUGCCAGCAAAGUUCCGCUACCCGUUCUACUAUGAGAUGUGCUGGUACGUCCUGGAGAGAUACCUCUACUGUCAGACAAACGUCUCCCACCUCACUCCUGAAUUCCAAAAAUACUCCUUAGGCAGUGGACUAACCCCAGCUGACCUUGAAACCAAUGACCACACCAAGAAUGGCACCUCCAAUGGAGUUGACAGUGACACUGAAAUUAAGGAGAACCAGAUCAAGGAAGAAGAUGUCAAAGAAGAAGAGGAGGCAGCUCUAGUUACCACUCCUAAGCACAAGCUGACUCCAUUUGAGCUGGAGGGACUGUGGAACCUUGUUGGGAAGCUGGAGGAACUGCCGGAUCAGAAAAAGUGUGUCCCUGGAGGCAUCAUGAACCCCACAGCUCUGCUCGAAGACAUGAGGACUCUUCUGAAGCUGCAUGCCAAUGAUAACCCCGAGUUGUCCUACACUGGAGAGCCCAUUGUCAAAUGGCCUGAAAGGCCGUCAUGGUACCAGCCCCCCACUCCUCCUCCCCCCGUCAUUUACCGUCCUCGCUUGGGCCCCACCCUCCACAAGCCUCUGGGUCGGAGGCCGACCAAACGCUCUUCCAUCUCUGCUCUGAGGCGCAGACGGGUGAGAUGCAAACGCUGUGCAGCUUGCUGCAGGAAAGAGUGCGGAAGCUGCCACUACUGCCACGACAUGAGGAAGUUUGGUGGGCCUGGUCGCAUGAAGAAGGGCUGUAUCAUGAGACAGUGUCUAGCACCUGCCUUACCAAACACAGCGAGAUGUGCCAUAUGUGGAGAAGGGGAAUCAGAGGAAUCAAAUCCAAGCACUCAUUCACUCAUGGAGUGCUCUGUCUGCUCGCAGAUUGUCCAUCGUCAAUGCAUUAAGGAACCCGGUGAGGGGAAGAUCAAUAAGGAUUUGCCCAGCUGCUGGGAAUGUCCCAAAUGUUACCAAGGCAAAGACUCAGCAUCGGAGUCUUCCAGCGAUGAGGAAAGUGGAGAGUCGGAGGGCUCAACGUCUUUGCCACCGUCCAAACUCGCCUACCGGGAAGGAAUUGGUGUAGGUGGAGGGAUGAGAAAAGGGAGACAGCGCAGAUCCCCAUCCCGACCCACAGCACCACCACCUUCUCAGAAACUGCUACUGCAACAUCAACAAAACCGCAAAAGAGCAAACGCACUGGAGCUCAGACUUAAGAAGAGGAUAAAACUAGAGCGCAGCAAACUCUUAACGAAACAAGCAUCACUUGAUCGUUCUCCCAGGCUGCUGAGCUCCAGGGUGCUGUCCCGACUGCGCUCCACAACCAGCAGACUAUCUCAGGGCAGAGGCCGUGGCUCCAACUGGGCAAGUGGCUCCUCUUAUCACAGUUCUCCAGGAGGAACUGGGUCUUUUCAGCAACAGCAGUCUUCCAUUGGUCUGGUACUUGAGCCCAAGGGAGAGCCACGCAGAGGGAGGGGGAGAGGGGUGAGGCUGCGGGGAGGAGGAGCAGGAAGAGGAAUCAGAGGUGGUAGAAGCCAUGAAGAUUUGGAGGAGAGUGAGGACAGCAGCAGCAGCAGCACCAACAGCAGCAGCAGCGAUGAGGAAGAGGAGAGGGCGCAGAACAGUGGGAGGGGAUUGGAUAAAGAGAACCAGCCGCAGUCGAGACGAGGAGGACAGGCAGCCAAAGAGAGAGAAGAGGACGCGAGUGAGGCGGCCAACCAAAAUGGUGCAGAGGAGAAUGAGGAGGAGGAGACGGAGCAGGACAGUGAAACAAGGGGCAAAGAUGGCUCAUAUCUUACAGUGACACUCCAAAAGCCAACCAGAGCCAAGCGGGACCCGUCGACCAUUGUCCCGAAAUUAGAAGCUAUCGCCCCUCAAACUGCCACUUCAGCAAUACACAGCCAGACCAGAGCCCUCGUCAGACCCCCCAUUAGAAAUCGCGGCCCUGGUCCCGAUCAGCACUCCAUUAGGCACACAGCUCCACACACUCGCAGUGGACACACAGACACUCACACCUCUCACCCAGAGAGGAUGGAGGACUCUAAAAAGUCAAGGCUCAGCAGGCCGACUAAAAUAAGCAAUGGCGCCUCCUCUUCUUCAACCUCUGAGCUUCCCCAUCUUCGCGUACCUCUCUCUGCACUGCAAGAAGGAGGCAGCGAGGCGGACAGGGAGAAUGGUAGCAGCGGGCCCGGCUGUGAGAGGGAGGUGUGGGUAUCUGUCUUCCGUUACUUGAGUCGAGCAGAUCUCUGCGUCUGCAUGGCUGUCUGCAAGAACUGGUACAAAUGGUGUUUAGACAAGCGGCUUUGGGCACGGAUAGACCUGAGUAUCAAACGCACUGUUACUCCUCAGGCCCUAACAGGGAUCAUAAAGAGACAGCCGGUCACGCUUGAUCUUUCAUGGACCAACAUCUCUAAAAAACAGCUCAACUGGCUUGUUGGCCGCCUGCCUGGGCUGAAGGAUCUGAUGGUGGCAGGUUGUUCCUGGUCAUCUAUUUCAGCUCUCUGCUCCUCUGCCUGCCCUCUUCUCCGUUCUCUGGACCUGCGGUACGCAGACGGGGUCAAAGACUCUCAGAUCAGGGAUCUAGUCACCCCUCCAGGUUGUGACAAUCGUAGUCAGUUGCGGACCAUGCAGUGUUUGCGACUAGCAGGCCUGGACAUCAGCGACUCCACUCUGCGCUUGGUGAUUCGCCACAUGCCCCAUUUAACAAAACUGGAUCUCUCCCACUGCAACAGUCUCACCGACCACUCCAUCAACCUGCUGACUGCAGUGGGCUCGUCCACCCGAAACACACUCACAGACAUCAACCUGGGAGGUUGCAGUAAACUGACAGACACGUGUCUCAAGUAUCUCCGCCGCCUCUCUUGCAUCUCACUGCUUGACCUACGAGGCUGUAAAGGUGUCUCCCGCAAGGCCUGUGAGGCCUUUAUUUCCGAGCUGUCGGUUAACACGCUCUACUGCCUAUCGGAUGAAAAACUGAUCCAGAGGAUAUCCUAAGCGCCUGCCUCCUCUGACUGCAGAGGGGAUUUGAGGUGCAGAGGCAACAGAGUGGAUCCUGAUGUGAAUCUGUGUGACACAAAGGACACGAACAGGCAGGAAAAUUCACAUGCACCUGUAUAACGUUAAAGGAGUGGUGGGGUCUAAACUAGCAGUGCUUACUGGUGUUGGUGAAAGGGUUGUUGCAGCUGGAACAAAGUUUCAUUUCAAAAUUAUAUACAUUUCUUUUCCGUGUACCCCAAAAGGAGACUCAGCUUUCUUUUCGUCAGUUGUUAUUUUGUGGUGUGAGUAAAGCAGGAGUGGGAGAGCAUGCUAAAUUAGUUAUCUGUGUUAGGCUGCACAUCCAACAAAAAGCUCAACUCUUCCCAUCUCAAGCUCCUGCCUUGAGAAGACUUUUGAGCGUCAUCUUUGGGGUAUGACUGCAUCGCUAUGUUUGGCUGAUCUCCGUAAAGUCUUAUUUAUCAUGUGAUUUAUCGUUAAAGAUCAUUUUGAUAUCGGCUACAUCUGGGUGCUCUAAAUAGAUAGGUUAUUUUUUUGUCAGAUCCAAGAGAGGAAAUGUUUAGAAGUUUGAUGACGCCUGCUUUAUGCACAACAGCUAUACGUUGAGAUUUUUUAUUUUUUUUACGACUUGAGGUGACAGGGCUUUUCCAUCAUGACUUGUAAAGUGAGUGACUGUAAUGGCCUGCGUUUACCAGUUGUAUAUUCAGCUUAAUAAGGCAUUUGGGUGCAACAGUGGUAUACAUGGACAUUGAGUGGAUGUGGUUGUAUAAAAGGGUAAAAAGACAGUGUGAGAAGGCAAUCGACAUGGCAGAAACACCUCACCCCGGUGAAGGGCAGGUUGCAUUAAGUGUUUGGGGUAAGCCAAGGGUUUGGUGUCAGAUAAAUGGUGCAUUUUCAAACGACCGUUAGACUUCAGGUGCUAUUAUUUCCAAACUUCUCUUGCUUUGUUUUUGUACAGAGAACAUUUAGAACAGAAAUGUUGAUAUUCUAAAUGAAACUGCUCCCCACCCCUCUUUGAUACACUUCUUUCUUUUCAUGGAUGGAAAAAAAAUGUGAGUAUCUACUUUUCACUGAAUCUCAUGACCUUGUCCAAUUCAAUGUAGAGAUGUAUGAUUUUGUCUCGGGGGCUGGGGUUGCUCAUUUCUUUGUUCCCUUAAAAAGUGUAGUGGCUCUGUAUAAAAAAAAAAAAAAGGUCUCCUUCUAGACUGCUCUCCUGGCCAUAUCCCUUCAAAUUUAAUAUAAGUAUAUAAAUAUAUACUUUUGUGUAAAUGUUUUUUCCUCUUUUCGAUUAUCAAAACGGGAGUCCUGUAGCAUUGUAAUUAUUUUCAGAAGUCUUUUUCACUUUAUGUUAUUUGUGUUAUUUUUCAACAAAAAUAAAAAAUGACAAACAAA